UGGGGUAAAGAUGGGCCUUCUUAAGUUCCAAAGGCACAACUCUUAUUGAUUGGAAGUUUUGAAUUCGAAAAGCCCUAGAAUUAGGCUUAAGACAGUCCACGCUUGCAGUGGAGCCGAAGGAACGACAUACCCACAUGGAAACAACGGACAAACCCCCAAACCCCUCCGAGAAUCCCCCUAACGACGUCGUCUUCGACGACUCGUCGCCGGAAACCGACCUCACUCCCUCAAGCUCAACCCCUCACGAAAACCACUCGUCGGAAAACCCAUCGGCACCUCCCCAAACGAUCCUCGAAGCCCCCGUUUCGGACUCUCAAGAUGACUCCUCCGAGCCCAUUCCCGAAGGCGAAGACACCCUUCUCGAACAACAGCACCUCCAAAACCCUAUCGAACCGGGCCCAGCUGAACCCGCUCUGCCAGCCAAGAGACGCCGUCGCAGGAAGAAGUUCUUCACGGAGCUGAAUGGCUCUCCGUCGUUGGCCAAGAACCGCCGCACCGAUCUCAACAAAGACGUCGACGUCGAAGCCCUAAUCGCAAUAUCAGUGGGAUUUCCGGUCGACUCGCUCACGGAGGAGGAAAUCGAGGCCAACGUGGUCCCCACCAUCGGCGGCGUUGAGCAAGCCAACUAUAUCGUCGUGAGGAACCACAUUCUGGCUCGGUGGAGGUCAAAUGUGUCUUUCUGGUUGACCCGGGAGCUGGCGCUGGAGUCAAUUCGCUCGGAGCACAAAGGCCUGGUAGACUCAGCUUACGAGUUUCUGGUGGAGCACGGCUACAUCAACUUCGGGCUUGCACCGGCAGUGAAAGAAGCAAAAUUGAGGUCCUUUGUCGAGGCCGAGAGGGGCAAUGUGGUCAUUGUGGGGGCUGGCUUGGCAGGUUUGGUGGCUGCCAGACAAUUGGUGUUUUUGGGCUUCAAAGUUGCGGUCUUGGAAGGUAAGAGCAGGCCGGGUGGUCGCGUGAAGACGAGGAAGAUGGUAGGCGAGCGUGAGGGAGUGGAGGCUGCGGCGGAUCUCGGCGGAAGUGUCCUCACUGGAAUCAACGGCAACCCGCUCGGAGUUUUAGCUAGGCAACUGGGUUUGCCUCUUCACAAAGUGAGGGAUAUUUGCCCGCUUUAUUUACCAGAUGGGAAAGCUGUGAAUUCUGAGAUGGAUUCUAGUAUAGAGGCUUCUUUUAAUAAGUUGUUAGAUAGAGUUUGUAAGCUUAGGCACGCAAUGAUAGAGGAAGUUAAGUCCGUAGAUGUUUCGUUAGGGACUGCAUUGGAAGCGUUUCGACGCGUUUAUAGUGUUGCCCAAGACGCACAAGAGCGGAUGCUCUUGGACUGGCAUCUUGCCAAUUUGGAAUAUGCAAAUGCUUCCUUGAUGUCGAAUUUGUCCAUGGCCUAUUGGGAUCAGGAUGAUCCCUAUGAGAUGGGAGGUGACCAUUGUUUUAUCCCGGGAGGCAAUGAGACUUUUGUGCGGUCCCUUGCAGAGGGCCUUCCAAUCUUCUAUGAAAGGACUGUGCAAAGUAUUCGGUAUGGUUCUGAUGGGGUUUUGGUUUAUGCAAACGGGCAGGAGUUUCGUGGGGACAUGGUUCUUUGCACGGUCCCGUUAGGUGUGCUUAAGAAGGGUUCAAUUGAAUUUGUCCCUGAGCUUCCACAAAGGAAGAAGGAUGCAAUUCAUAGUUUAGGAUUUGGAUUACUGAAUAAGGUUGCCAUAUUGUUCCCUUAUAACUUCUGGGGUGGAGAUAUUGAUACUUUUGGGCACUUGACUGAGGAGCCGACUAUGAGAGGCGAGUUCUUUCUGUUUUAUAGCUACUCUUCUGUAUCAGGAGGGCCUCUUCUAGUUGCUCUUGUGGCUGGAGAUGCUGCAAUUAAGUUUGAGUUGAUGUCUCCUGUUGAGUCUGUGAAUAGGGUGUUGGACAUAUUAAGGGGUAUUUUCAACCCGAAAGGGAUUGCUGUUCCGGAACCUAUUCAGGCAGUGUGCACUCGGUGGGGGAAGGAUGACUUUGCAUACGGAUCUUAUUCAUAUGUUGCAGUAGGGUCUUCAGGAGAUGAUUAUGAUAUUCUGGCAGAGAGUAUUGGGGAUGGGAGAGUGUUCUUUGCUGGAGAGGCCACUAACAAGCAAUAUCCGGCAACAAUGCACGGAGCUUUUUUGAGUGGGAUGAGAGAAGCGGCUAACAUACUGAGAGUAGCCAAACUAAGGUCAAUUAUCCCAUCAGAAAAAUCAAGUAAUGUUGGUGAUGAAAAGGACGAUUUGAAUAAUUUAUUUGACACCCCUGACCUAAGAUGUGGGAGCUUCUCUGUUUUGUAUGAUCCCCGGUCAAAUGAGUUUGAUUCUGCUAACUCGCUGUUGAGGGUGACAUUUGGAGGGGGAAAUAUGUACAUGGGAUCAUGUCUCUCUCUUUGCCUAUAUGGUUUGAUUUCGAGGAAUCAGGCGAAGAAGUUGAGUGAGGUAGAAGGGGAUGGGAACAGGAUGAGAAUGAUAAAUGUGGAAUUUGGGGUGAGGUUGGUUGGGAGGAGAGGUCUAAGUGGUGCCGGGGAAUCUUUAAUCAGCUACAUUAGGACAGCAAAAUCAAAACCCAACGUAGAUGGAGGAGUUAAAGUAUGAAGAAUCCUGGGUAUGUGUUGUGCAUAAUGGAUUGCAGUUGAUUGGAUCAUUGAUUUGAGCAGCUGGAUGGAAUUCAUGGGCAACUGAACUGAACUGAUUUGGUUUGGUAGUGAUUAUUUCUGCCUUGGUUAAGUUGUUGCUUAAUUCUGUCCUUGGAAGUGCAAAAGUGAUUGUGAGUUAUUUAUUCUUCAUCCUCUCUUACUCCCUCGUGAAUUUAGUUGAAGAAGUAUGAUUUUUCUUCA